CUUAUCGAUGUCCUAGAACAAUGCCUGGUCUCGACAACUACAGCACAAAGAUACGUCGCUCUCAGCUAUGUAUGGGGGCGGAGGCCUUUCUUGCGCACAACUGCGGAAAACUUCAAAUACCUGAAGAAGAGAAAUGGGAUCUCUCAAAAGAACCACUUACCACUCCUCUUCGAUGAUGCAAUGGAGUUUGUACGUUCAAUCGGCGAAAGGUAUCUCUGGAUCGAUGCGCUAUGCGUAGUACAAAACGACACGGAGUCAAAGCACCGCGCUAUAGCCUCCAUGCACAAGAUUUAUACCCAAGCGUAUUUUACCAUUGUAGCUCACUCUGCUACAAGUGCGCAUUCGCCUCUGCCCGGAUUGCGGAAGGGUACAAGAAGUCCGUUCGUAUCCGAACAGGCAAUAGGAACGUCUGUCCGAAUCACCAAGGUUGAAAGCUCAGAGCCGAGCGAACACGGCCCCAAGGAGACCUACUCAUCGCGUGGAUGGACAUUUCAGGAGCUGCUCCUCUCACCGAGAUGCAUCAUAUUUCACAGAGAAAAGGUUUUAUUCCGUUGC